AUGGGAGAGCAUAGAGAGAUGACAGAGGAGAUCGUGCUGCUGCCGCCCCAAGAGCCGCAUGUGACGCGGCUCCUGAAUAUUUUACGCCAUCAUGCAUUUGCUCUGGACCUGUCCGCGCUUGGGGCUGGAAAGACGUUCUCUGGUUCGAAGAUCGCACUCGAAUCGGGCCUGCCCAACGUAAUAGUGAUCAGCCCCGUCUCGGUCCAACCAAAAUGGCAGGAGAUGCACGAGAAGUAUGGGGUGCCGAUCAGGCACAACCUCAGCUACUGUGGCGUCCGUUCGGUCAAGGGGAAGCAGCCCAAGCACGGGCUGCUAUCUCGGCGGGACUACACAGUGGACGUCACGAUGCCGCGAGGACCUCCCCGGCAACUCGAGAAGACGGACUUCCAAGUAACGGACACCUUCAAGUUGCUCCUGGGAGAGGGAGUUCUCCUGAUCGUGGACGAGAUGCAGCACCUCAAGAACGUCUCGUCACAGUUUGCCGCCUGCCAAACACUGAUCAAGGCGGUCACGGAUUCGUACGAGGCCGGGGGGCGCUCGAGGGCGCUCUUGCUGUCCGGAAGCCCAAUCGACAAGCAGGAGCAAGCCGUCACUCUCUUUCGGACCCUGAACGUCAUGCAGCACCCCGAUCUAGGUCCUGAAGCCGAACCUCUCGAGCACGAUGCCGCCCUUGCGCUGGCCGGUACUCUGCUCAAACUCAAUGCAUUCUACCGGAUUGACGACGAAGAGGAUCGGAAGGCCCUGUCGGCUGGCGUGCAAGCCUUAGAGUACGCCGUCCAUUACGAUCGACGGACGGGCCGAGUGAGCAUGGCCGAGGGGGCUGAUUCACUGCGUGCCCUGUGCGCUGCCCUGGUGAAGAUCGAGAGCUCCAAGGUUCGAACGUUCGCCCGGGUGGCUCUCAAGGCGCUACGGUCGAACUCUCAGCAGAAGGUUGUCAUUUGCGUCAACUACAACGACUCCCUGCAAAGCCUGCAGGACUUAUUAGCUGCUUACUCGCCGCUGGUUCUGAACGGCGCGGUGCCUAAGCAAGAACGGAAGCACAUCAUCGACAAGUUUCAGCUUCCGGCCGAUGAGCACAGGGUGCUGCUGGGGAACGUCUCCGUCUGCUCAACGGGCAUAGACCUGGACGACAAGGACGGUGCGUGGCCCCGGCUGGCGUUGAUCAGCCCAAACUACAGCACUCUGACUCUGUAUCAGCUGGGCCACCGUUUUCAACGGAUGGACACCAAGUCGGAGGGGACAGUGCAUAUGGUAUUUGCAAAACAUGCGCAUGAGUUGCCGAUCCUCAAUGCUCUCUCGAGAAAGGGUGCUGUCAUGAGAGAGACGACGCCGGAGCAGGUGAAUGCCGGCAUCAAGUUUCCCGGUGACUUCCCAAGUUGGGUCGAGGAAGAUCUGGAGACCUCGCUCAUGAGGAGUGGAUUCAAGGGAUUCAAAGCGAACAGGGAGCGGCGCAAGUGGGCACGAAGUGCGAAAGGGAUCAAGGGGUUCAGACCUGACUUCAUCUUUGUCGGCAAGGACUUUGUGGUCAUUCUCGAGGUGGACGAGGAUAUGCACCGCCACUACGAAUGUCGUGCGAGGCUCAACCCUUCCGAAGGCCGCAUCAAGAUGCUAGAAGAGACAAUGAAGUGGGCGCUCUCAAUGGGAGACGCUGUCAAGGCAGCACAGGACGCAGGGCUCAUUCUCGCUUAUCACGGGUAUUCGGACGGCAGGAGGGCCGAGCUUCACAAGCAGAUGGUCAGGCAGAACGGCUUUGCAUACGAGACCAUUGUUCUGUAA